AUGUCGUCUGCUCCGUUGCCCGUAGCAAUACAUCCGGAAUCCUUGUUCACCGAACAAUUGCCAAUAAAAGAUUCUGAUCAAAGAGUGACUUUAUUCAAUUUGGUGUUGGCAUAUGCUUUAGCAAUAUCAUUGGCAGUUCUUCUGCUUGUUCUCUUAUAUGGAUAUCUGAAGACGAGAGAUAUUAACCGCAAGGACCGAGUAAUGUGCCAGAGUGAAACGGUUGAAUCUGGUUUGGAAAACUAUCCAAUUCAUAGUAACUUUGCAUGGUCAUAUGGAUAUGAUUCGAUUGAACGUGUAUAA